GACGAACUCCUUCAGCCUGACGUCAGCAGGUACUCCUGCUUUAACGACUUUUUCCACCGUCGAUUGAAGCCCGGCGCUCGUCCGGUGCAGAAUGCCGACGUGCCUGGCACGGUCUGCGCCGCCGCCGCCGACUCCAGACUCAUUGUCUAUCCGACCAUAGACCUCGCGCGCAAGUUCUGGAUCAAGGGCACGCACUUUACGGUUCCACACUUGCUCGGCGUGCCGCCCGAGUCGGAGGAGGCGCGCGCAUUCGAGGGUGGUAGCCUCGCGAGCUUCCGGCUCGCGCUGGCAGAUUACCACCGGUUCCACAGCCCGAUCGACGGGACCAUCGGAGAUGUGCGUGAGAUCAAAGGAGAAUACUACACUGUGAACCCGCAAGCGGUGAACGAGCCGGGCUUUGAUGUGUUCACUGCGAACCAUCGUGCAGUGCUGCAUAUGACACAUGCUGCGAGCGGGAAGCCGAUCGCGUUUGUUGCGAUUGGUGCGAUGUUGGUAGGCUCCAUCCACUUCACCUGCCCCCCACAGGGCAGAUCUGUCUCCCGCGGUGACGAGCUAGGCUACUUCGCAUACGGGGGCAGCACAGUGGUCGUGCUCUUCCCGCCUGGCUUGAUUGAGUUCGAUCAGGACCUGCAGCACUUUAGCGCGGAGUCUGUCGAGACAUACGUCAAGGUACGUGGUUGUUUGGGGCGUGCUGGAAGACUAGGCUGA